AAAUUAGAUUAAGUGAUAGUAUUAAAUAUGCUGUUAAAAUAACAGGUAUGUUAUUAUUUUAUUAAUUCUUUUAGUUUCUUCUUUACCAAAAAGUUCCAUAAUUUAACUUAAUUCACCUACUUUAAAUUUUAAUGUCUCGUCUAAAAGGAUGGAAGUAUGUUGCAUUCCUAUCAGCUUUUGUUGGUGGCAUAGGAUUAGCAACUUACCCAAUCAUUAUUUAUCCAAUGACGCACAUUGAAGAUUAUAAAAAGUCACAAGAGCUGAAUCGUGCACAAUUAGAUCAAUCUAGAAUACAGCCUCAAGUUCCUGGGAAUAUGAAUAAAUGGACUGAUCCAUUUGAACGAAAGAAUAAUGACUGACAUUAUUGUAGACCAGAACAACAAUUUUUUUUUACAAUCAUGUGGAUGUAUUUUUAUCUGAGACUGAUAAAAAAAAAAUGGUCAUAUGUUGGUGAAUAGAUGUUUUAUGUUUAACUGUAGAUAAUAUAAAUAAUAUAUUAAUAUAAUAAAUUUGUA